CGGGUUUCUCAGUGAGAAGAGGGAGACGGAGAGGGAGACGGAGAGGGAGAGGGAGGAAGACGGUUCGUCGGAGUCACCCGCGUCUGUGGAACCUGUAACCUUAUCGGUAAUUCCUCGAACGAACCCCAUCUCCCUCCUCCUUAACAAACGGCUCUGCUACUCAAACCCUAAUCGUAGUCUAUAUCACCUGUGUGUCUUGUCUUUAUUACUCGCUGUAAUUCUUGAGGCUACUGUCGUUGUACUUAUUGUGAGGCUGGUUGUAGCUUCCGUUGCAGUUAUUUAUUGGGGUUUAGUGAUGUGUUCCCCUUGUUAUUGUUGCAAUUACUCACAAUGUGAGAAAUUAAUGUGAUGCUGAAUUCUGGUUAAAGGAAGAUUUGUUCAUUUAAUCUGCCUAUUGUCAAUUUCGUACUUUAUGCUGUAAUAUUUUGCUGUUAAGGUUGUUGUUACUCUAUCACUUGUUAUAUCAUUGAGUUUUACCAGUGGGCACACGUAUUCACCAUGACCUGUAUAGGUUGUUUGGUUACAAAAUUCCUGCAUUUUCUUCACAGCCAGGAUGUCGGUCCGUCCCCAAGAUGCUGUGAAGGAACUGGAGAGAGCACUGUCUAACAACGCCUUGCAAGGUGUAGAAGAACUGAGGCAGUACUAUGCUUUAAGAAAAGCUGAUCAUCGGCGUAUUGUUGCAAACGUGCUAAGUGCUAAGAAUCGCCCCCUUGAGACAUUUCGAUUGUCAACAAGACCCUCGCCAGCUGAGCUUAGAGAGCUGUUUGACUGGAUAAGAAAUCUGUAUUUGGACAUUGGUGUGCUGUCUGUACCUGGGAAAGACCGCAAUGGCAACCCGGUGCAAGUUCCUAUAACUCUAGACUACUCAUCUAAGUCCGAGGACCACAACUACCAUUGCGUGGAAUUCGCCCGAUCAGGGGAUGGUGCUAUUUUUGAGCUCCUUGUUAGACAAGCAGACAAUUAUGUCGUGGCCACCCGCAUGUACUUAAAAAAGUGUCAAAGAGACACGACCCCGUGGUGUGUAUGUGGUGAUUGCAAAAUCCCUGCUUCCUUUGGAACACAGCGCCCGAUGAAGUAUACCUCCACACAUGACAGGCUUGACAAUAUCAAAAUAUCUGUGUUUACCCUCGAUCAAAUAUUUGAUCUACUGGAAAGUCUACAGAAUGAUCCCGAGCAAGAUGAAACAGAUGAAGGCAAGAGACUGCUUGUCACCCUUUUUCUGUUGCUAGGUGAGGCUCCAAGAUUUGCCCAACUACAACAGUUCUUUAUCACUUACAGUGGAAGUGAGAUAGUGAGGGAACUGGAUCCUGACAUUAUUGAUCUGUUCCGGAGCAUAGUAGCCGGAAACGGGGAACGGUAG